AUGGAUGAAAAGAAUACAAAAGCAUCAAGUUAUACGACUAAGAAAAAAUCGAAAACUACUCGAUUACGAGCACAUCCUCGCGUGAUUGAAAAUUUUCUCGUUGUCUGGCUGGAUCCAAAUCUUGAUGAUCUUAUCGAUGACGAUUGGCGCGAUAAUGUCGAUGAAUUACGAAGUAUUGUUAAUACGGUCAAUACAUUCAAUGAUGUUGAUCAAUGUAUUGAUUUUCUCAGUGAUAUUAAAGAUGAAAAAGUAUUUAUGAUUAUAUCCGGUGCUCUUGGUCAACAGGUUAUUUCUUACAUACAUGACAUACAACAGCUUCAUUCGAUUUAUGUUUUCUGUGGUAGUAAACAAAAACAUGAAAAAUGGGUAAAAGAUUGGCCAAAAAUCAAGGGCGUUUUUACACAGAUUCAGCAGCUUUGCGAUUCAUUGAAACCAGCUGCACAAAAAUGUGAACAAAAUUCUAUGCCAAUAAGUUUUGUUACAGCAAGCGAAGCAUCCGAUCAAAUAUUGGAUCAACUCGAUCAAUCAUUUAUGUAUACACAAAUACUCAAAGAAAUUAUAUUAGAAAUCAAAUAUAAUGAGCAAUCUAUUAAAGAUUUAGUUCCCUAUUGUCUCGAACAAUAUCUAGGCAAUGACAAUGAAUUACUCAUUAUUGAAGGUUUUGAAAAAAGUUAUCGUAAAAAUUCCCCCAUUUGGUGGUAUACGUACCCAUGUUUUGUUCAUUCCAUGUUGAAUCGUGCUUUACGUACUCAUGAAGUCGAUACCAUUAUUAAAAUGGGAUUUUUUAUUCAAGAUCUUCAUCGACAAAUCGAACAACUUCAUAAAGAACAAUCAAAUGAUCAACAAAAACGUUCGUUUAUUGUGUACCGAGGACAAGGUAUGUGCAAAGACGAGUUUGAAAAAUUGGUUAGAGCUAAAGGUGGACUGAUGUCAUUCAAUAGUUUUUUAUCAACAAGUAAGAAACGGAAAGUUUCGCUAGAAUUUUCUCGAGAUGCUUUAAAUAAUGUUGAUGCGAUUGGUAUUCUGUUUAAACUGAUAAUUGAACCGUCGAAUUUAUCAACCCCUUUUGCAUUAAUUGAUGAUGUUAGUUAUUUUACAUCGGAACAAGAAAUUCUCUUUUCUAUGCAUACCGUUUUUCGCAUCGGUGAAAUCAAACAAAUCGAUAAUAUCGAUCGUCUCUAUCAAGUAGAACUGAAAUUGGCAAGUAUUAAAAAUCAACAAAUUAUUGCUCUUACGGAACGAAUGCGAGAAGAAACGCGUGGAUCGACAGGUUGGCAUCGGCUCGGCAUGCUUCUUAUUAAAUUAGGAAAAUUUGAUAAAGCCGAACACGUAUACAAUGCUUUAUUCGAUUUGAAUAUGGCCGAUAAUGAGAAAGCACUAUUACACCAUCAAUUGGGACUGAUUAAACGUAAUCAAGGUGAUUAUGAAGAAGCACUUGCAUCCCACGAGAAAGCACUGGAAAUCUAUGAAAAAUUUCUUCCUACAGAUCAUCCCGAUCUAGCAACAUCCUACAACAAUAUUGGUCAAGUAUAUAAUAAUAUGGGUGAAUAUGAAAAGGCAUUGUCGUUUUAUGAAAAAUCACUUGAAAUCUACCGGCAAACUCUUGCACCAGACCAUUCAUCGUUAGCUAUUUCUUACAACAACAUUGGUUUGGUUCAUACACAAAUGGGUGACUAUUCGAAAGCACUUGCAUCUCAUCAGAAAGCACUCGAAAUCGAGCUAAGUAGUCUGCCUGAAAAUCAUCCUCAUUUAGCUGUUUCCUACAACAACAUCGGUUUAGUAUAUAAGAAUAUGGGAGAAUAUGAAAAAGCACUUGAAUCAUACGAAAACGCGCUCGAGAUUGAACGAAAAACAUUACCAUCAAAUCAUCCUUCCUUAGCAAUUUCAUUUAAUAAUAUUGGUUUACUUCAUGAUAAUAUGGGUGAUUACUCGAAAGCACUUGGAUUUUAUGAAAAAACAUUAGAAAUCUAUCAGAAAACACUUCCUACACUGCAUCAAGACUUGGCAAUAUCUUACAAUAAUAUUGGUUCGGUUUAUCAAAACUUAGGCGAGUAUUCUAAAGCACUUAUAUUCUAUGAAAAAACGCUCGAAAUUGAAGAAAAAACGCUUUCAUCAAAUCAUCCUCAUUUAGCGAUAUCGCACAGUAAUAUUGGUAUACUCUAUAAUAAUAUGGGAGAAUAUUCGAAAGCACUUGCAUCACAGGAAAAAGCUCUUGAGAUUCGACAAAAAUCAUUGCCUCCGGGACAUCGAAUAUUAGCGACUUCGUACAAUAAUCUGGGCUCUGUUUAUGACGCAAUGGGCCAAUAUACGGAAGCAAUUUCGUAUUAUGAGAAAACUCUGGAAAUCGAACGAGCAACACUUCCUCCGAAUCAUCCGGAUUUAGCUACAACUUUCAACAAUCUUGGUUUAGUGUACGAUAAUAAAAAAGAAUACGAAACCGCAUUAUCGUUUCACAAACAAGCGCUUGAAAUCUAUGAAAAAGCACUUUCACCUAAUCAUCCCAAUUUAGCUAAUUGCUACAAUAGUAUAGCUUCAACCUAUCAGAAAACACAAGAUAACACGAAUGCACUUUUAUUCUACCGGAAAGCACUCGAAAUUCGACUAAAAACUCUGCCUACAAAUCAUCUCGAUUUGGCCACUUCCUUUACCAAUCUUUGGCAGCUAUAUCAAACUAUGAAUGACAACGUGCAAGCGUUUUCGGUCUAUCAACAAUCACUUGCAAAUCAAGAAAAGACCGUUUCAUCUGACUGUUUGGAUGCGGCUCGAACGUAUAAGGCGAUUGAACAAGUAUUUGAGCAUCAAGAUCAAUCAUUAAGAACAUCUUCGUUUGUCAAACCUGUGAUUAAAAAUGUACGCAUUCCACAAGUACCAAAGCAAUUUCGUAUAAAAAACUUUCGAAUGAAACUAACAUUAAAAGGCAAAAAGAAAUAA